GAGGAACGUGUUCCGGGGCCGGAGGAGACGAGAGGACGACCGUGUGUCGAGACCUCAGCCUUCAGCAGAAACAAAGACUCAGACACCAAAGUUUGACUUGCUAGCAUCAAAUUUCCCACCUCUGCCUGGCAGCACCGUGAAAAUCCCAGGAGAGCCUGUGCUGGAGAGCAGGAUGUCUGACAUCGUGAAGGGAGUCUGCAAAGAGAAGGAAAGCAAAGACUCCGUGCCCAGCUGCCAGGCUCCUGCUCAGGACGAAGAGCCUCCCAGCGUGGCCCCAGCGCCGGCGACCAGCGUCAGCUCCCCGACCCAGACCGAGGCUGUGCUGGUGAGUUGUUCUUGCUCGAACAGCCCAGUUCAGCCAGAGAGCAAAGCAGAAGAAGUGUGUGCCCAGAAGGACGUGGCCAGCCAGGCUUCCCCUCCGGCCUCCGCGUCUCCCGUCAGCGCUGCCAAGCCACCGAGGACAAACAGCUCCUCACCCUCUGCUCAAGCAGGUGCAGCUCCUGCUCUGUCGACGCAGGAGCCACGCAAGCUCAGUUACGCCGAGGUUUGCCAGAAGCCCCCGAAGGAGCCGGCGCCGGUGCCCGUGCAGCCCCUGAGGGAGCAUCGCGCCAACAUCGUUCCCCCGGCCAAGGGCGAAGAAAACGGUACGGCGGAGAAGGCCGCGGAGAAAACCCUGGAGAAGGCCGUGGAGAAACCCCUGGAGAAGGCUCCUCCAGAGAAGGUGGAAGGGAGAAUGAAGGAUUACUCCGGGUUCCGUGGCACUGCAGCUCCCAGGGGAGCCGCCGAAAAUCAGGGAACAGAGGCGCCAGUUGGGACGCAGAUCCUCUCCUCAGGGAGCGCCUCGACGCGCGGGCAAGGAGCAGUACGUGCCGCCGCGGUCACCAAA